UUAUAUUGCAGGACAUCUCCUCGUUAUUCGUUGGAACUGACUGUAGGUACAGUUGUUGCUUUAUAAAGUGUCGCACAAGGAUUAUGUACAGCUCUUGGCUGCUGUUUUUGUUCAUGGCUAGUCAUCUCAAUGGAGAUGAACUUAAACUGAGUUGUAAACGUACUAGUUCAUCUUUACCAAUCUUUCAACGGAGAAAUGGUAGCCGAACAUUUCACCAUCGAAGCGCGUCAGGGUUGAAAUUGAUAAUAAAGUGUCGAAAAUGUUUUUCGUAAAACUGAGAUAGUGGAUUCUGAAUUCUGGAUUCAUUACAGCUGUCUAGCAAGCAAAUGUACCAACCAGAUGCACAUGAAUAGAACUAGAUCCAUAAGACUAAAUGAUUUCAAUAAAUUCUGUCCUGCCGAGCCAGCUAGUGGUUAUGAAUGGAAGAAAACACCAGUUGGUGCAAAUGUUAUUCAGAACUGUCUUCCAGGACAACAAGGACUUGUCUAUCGGUUAUGCUCGACUAUCAAUGAUAAACCAACAUGGGGAGUCGUUAAUGUUUCAGGCUGUCGCUCUGAAGAUGUCAUCAAACUUCUUGACCAGGUGAUGAGGUUGGACAGCGGUUUUGAAUCGAAUAAUGUGAGCGAGAUUAUUCAGCAAACAGAGAGCGUUACUGAAAAAGAACUGUUUGAACAAGAUGUUAAGGAUAUUGUCUUCAUUUUGGAGAAAACACAAACAAGAACGGCUACACAAAACGACCGUCAGAACUUUAUCAAAACUUCUAGUAAUAUUGUCAGCAGUGAGAGAAGAGAUGUUUGGGCUAAUAUAGAAAAUCGAAACGUGUUGGUCAGACAAAUUAUCAGUGGGGCAGAUCUGAAUGCAAAGAACUUUGUCGCUCAAAGUAAACAAGACGAAAUUGUUGGUUUCUCUACUUCAAAUAUUCAAGUACUUGGCAUAAACCUCCGGGAAAAAUCAGCUCCCAAACCUGUUAGUUUGCUAGACACGGAAGGUGGAGGCGUUGUAAUUCCAGGAACUGUUGUUAAUGAUAUCAAACAAGCGACUGUUGUUAAAUAUUCAUCAAUGAAGGAUAUUUUAUCUCCUAAAGAACUUCGAAAAUCUGUGGACAACACAAUAAGCGCCGGUUCAAAUCUAACUAUUCAGAGCACUAUAGUUUCGUUUAGUACCACACCUGAACUUAAGAAUAUAACUCAACCAAUCAAGAUCGUCUUACAAAACAAUCAGAGGGGCUUCGCUGAAUUCAACAUAACUUGUGCGUUUAUCGAACCCGAAGUAGAAAAUAGUAAAUGGAGUCAACGAGGAUGUACAUUAAAUAAAACUGAAUCAUCGGAGGGAAAUUUUACCUGUGUUUGUGAUCAUAAUUCAGCUUUUGCUAUCAUGAUGGGUUUGGGUAAAGUAAAGUUGUCAAGCACAGAACAAAAAAUCUUAGAAGUUAUCUCAACAGUCGGUUGUUCAAUAUCUUUAUCGGGUGUCGUUUUAACGAUAUUGAUAUAUGCUUUUUGGGAGAAAGUUAAGUCUCCUCGAUCUAAAGUUCUUGUUAGCUUGUGUGUCGCUAUUGGCUUCACGGACAUCUUUGCUAUUCUCGAAGGACCUGCGAGAGAUUAUCCGGAUUUCUGUAAAGCAGUUGCUACUUGUCUUCACUUCUUUGUGUUAUCUGUGUUUGGUUGGAUGUUGUGUGAAGGAAUACUUCUUUAUGUUUUGUUCAUUCGAGCUUUUGAUGGAGUCCGUGAAAAACAUUGGAAGAUCUUCAAUUUAAUUGGAUGGGGUGUUCCUUUGUUAAUUGUUUCUAUAUCAUGGGGUGUUACUCAAGGAGAUGGUUAUGGCACGGGUUCAUUUUGUUGGCUUAAUGUCCAUGAUAAUUUGAUCAGCGUAUUUUUUGCACCUGCUAUUCUUGUUAUAUAUGGGAACACUGUUAUUUAUACCAUGGUUAUGUGGGCAAUAAUGCACUCAACCAUAGUCCAACAACAAAACACACUGCAGAAAGCGAAGACUUUCGCUGGAGCUGUCAUUAUUAUGUCUCCCGUUCUUGGUCUGACAUGGGUCUUUGCUUUCAUGACGAUCAAUCGUGAAACUUUGUUCUUCCGUUAUCUAUUCGUUAUUUAUAAUCCCUUUCAAGGGUGCAUGAUAUUCAUCUUUCACUGUCUUCAAAACAAAGAGUUAAGAGAAGCUGGACUAUCUUUCUUAAAUACUGGAUUGAAAGAAGAAAAGCGCAAAGGCCCUUCUAAAUCUGAGGAAAGUUCUUCAAGCUCCACAAGGAAUCAGAAAAGGGCAACUGGGAACAAAAAUGUCGAUCCGGAACAAAGUGAAGGGAAAUCAGAAAGUGGUGAUCAGCGGAAGGUUAUUUAAUAUGCCGUCUUAUUCUGGAAGUUCUUCGCAAUGCUAAGAAGAUGAAUGCCAUAUUUAUUUUUUAUGUUGUGGAAGAAACCCGCUAAUCUUUUGUGUCAAUUCAAUCUGAUUCUGAUAUUUGAAUCCAACAGAGACAAUCAAGAGUUUGAAUUGGACUCAGUAGGAUCACAAAGACUUUCAGUUAAAAAAAGAACAUUGUCAUAAGACGAAAAUAACGACAAAACUUCCUUGUUGUUCUCGCCCCCUCUCUCUUUCUUUCUUUCGUUUCUCAUAGCCGUAUAACAAAAACAAAUAUUCAGAUAUCCUUAAAGCAAAUUUUGACUAACGCGUGACCAGCAAGGAGGAUAGAGUGUUAUGCAUUAAAACGAGUUAAAACUUGAUGACCUACAAUAUGUAUGUUAUAGAUUAGCAUUUUUCAAAAGCAAGUAUAUGCACAAUUAUAAUUGUUCAUAAUUAA